AGGCAGUGAAUGUGGAUGGCUUGGCAGGUGAGCCUGCCGGAGCUGGAGGACCGGCUUCAGUGUCCCAUCUGCCUGCACAUCAAGGAGCCCCUGAUGCUGCAGUAUGGCCACUCCUACUGCAAGGGCUGCCUGGUCUCCCUGUCCUACCACCUGGACGCCGAGCUGCGCUGCCUCGUGUGCCGGGAGGCGGUGGACGGCAGCAGCUCCCUGCCCAACGUCUCCCUGGCCCGGGUGAUCGAAGCCCUGAGGUUCCCUGAGGACCCGGAGCCCAAGGUCUGCGUGCACCACUGGAACCCACUCAGCCUCUUCUGCGAGAAAGACCAGGAGCUCAUCUGUGGCCUCUGCGGUCUGCUGGGCUCCCACCAGCACCACCCGGUCACGCCCGUCUCCACCGUCUACAGCCGCAUGAAGGAGGAGCUCGCAGCCCUCAUCUCUGAGCUGAAGCAGGAGCAGAAGAAGGUGAAUGAGCUCAUCGCCAAACUGGUGAACAACCGGACCCGAAUCGUCAAUGAGUCGGAUGUCUUCAGCUGGGUGAUCCGCCGCGAGUUCCAGGAGCUGCACCACCUGGUGGACGAGGAGAAGGCCCACUGCCUGGAGGGGAUAGGGGGUCACACCCGUGGCCUGGUGGCCUCCCUGGACAUGCAGCUGGAGCAGGCCCAGGGAACCCAGGAGCGGCUGGCCCAAGCCAAGUAUGUGCUGGAAGAACAGUUCAGCAAUGAGGGCCACCACGAGUUCAUCCAGAAGUUGCACUCCAUGGCCUCCAGGUGCGCGAUCACACACACACCUUGCAGGUGGACUUCGACCGGUACUUCCGGUCCCGGAAGGGCGUGCCCUUGGACCCCGGAAGUCCGGGCGGGGGCAGAGCCGGGUGCGGUUUGCGACAGAGCCGUAAAGGCGCGCGGGAACAUGGGGCUGUAUGCUGCAGCUGCAGGCGUGCUGGCCGGGGUGGAGAGCCGCCAGGGCUCUAUCAAGGGGUUGGUGUACUCCAGCAACUUCCAGAACGUGAAGCAGCUGUACGCGCUGGUGUGCGAAACGCAGCGCUACUCCGCCGUGCUGGAUGCCGUGAUCGCCAGCGCCGGCCUCCUCAGUGCGAAGAAGCAGCUGCGGCCGCACCUGGCCAAGGUGCUAGUGUAUGAGUUGUUGGGAAAGGGCUUUCGAGGGCGUGGGGGCUGAUGGAAGGCUCUGUUGGGCCGGCACCAGGCGAGGCUCAAGGCUGAGUUGGCUUGGCUCAAGGUUCUUCGGGGUGUGAGCUGGAAUGAGGACCUGUUGGAAGUGGGAUCCAGGCCUGGUCCAGCCUCCCAGCUGCCUCGAUUUGUGCGUGUGAACGCUCUCAAGACCUGCUGUUUAUGUAGUUAUUUCAAGAGACAAGGUUUCACCUAUCAGGGUCGGGCUUCCAGCCUCGACGACUUUCGAGCCCUCAAGGGGAAGCAUUUUCUCCUGGACUCCUUGAUGCCGGAGCUGCUGGUGUUUCCCGCCCAGACAGAUCUGCAUGAGCACCCACUGUACCGGGCCGGACACCUCAUUCUGCAGGACAGGGCCAGCUGUCUCCCAGCCAUGCUGCUGGACCCCCCGCCAGGCUCCCAUGUCAUCGAUGCCUGUGCCGCCCCAGGCAAUAAGACGAGUCACUUGGCUGCUCUUCUGAAGAACCAAGGGAAGAUCUUUGCCUUUGACCUGGAUGCCAAGCGGCUAGCGUCCAUGGCCACGCUGCUGGCCCGGGCUGGCGUCUCUUGCUGUGAGCUGGCUGAGGAGGACUUCCUGGCGGUCUCCCCCUCAGACCCGCGCUACCGUGAGGUCCACUACAUCCUGCUGGAUCCUUCCUGCAGUGGCUCGGGUAUGCCGAGCAGACAGCUGGAGGAGCCUGGGGCAGGCACACCUAGCCCGGCGCGUCUGCAUGCCCUGGCAGGGUUCCAGCAGCGAGCCCUGUGCCACGCGCUCACUUUCCCUUCCCUGCAGCGGCUCGUCUACUCCACGUGCUCCCUCUGCCGGGAGGAGAAUGAAGAUGUGGUGCGAGAUGCGCUGCAGCAGAACCCCGGCGCCUUCAGGCUAGCUCCCGCCCUGCCUGCCUGGCCCCACCGAGGCCUGAGCACGUUCCCGGGUGCCGAGCACUGCCUCCGGGCCUCCCCUGAGACCACGCUCAGCAGUGGCUUCUUCGUUGCUGUAAUUGAACGGGUCGAGGUGCCGAGCCUCACAGGCCAAAGCAUCAGCACCAGAAUGCACACCCAGCCCAGCCCCAAAGAAAAAGAGACAGCAAAAAGCCGCAGCCGGUGCUUGCACACCGCCUUGCACAUAGCAGAGGCUCUGGGCUGACUCCUUCCUGGUGGGAAAGGAAGAUGCCCGUCCUUUCCGUGGAGGACCCUGGGCCUUCACCGCAGGCAGCAGUUUGGGUUUUGAAAGGUUAUUGGGUCCCUUCCCCGGGCUGUGUUCUUGCUGGUGAGCAAAGUGUUGCCUGCAGAAAUAAAAUGCAGAACGUACUCUA